UUUAAAUUUCCUUUUCCCGUCUCUGGUCUGGCUUUGUUUGACUUUUCCAGACGGAAUAUUGUAAACAAGAUGAGUACUCAUUCUGUUGGGGGCGAUUCUCCUGGAAGUCAGCAAAGGGGUGCUGUCCUGGGCUUGGAUCUUAAUAGGGCUCCACCUCGUGCUAAUCAUUUGCAAGAGGGACCUUCAGUUGUAUCAGAAUCUCGUGUAGUUCAAGCUGUCCAGCAACCACAGUUUAUGCAGCCUAUUGAUGUGGAGGCUACUGAUGAUGAUGUUAUUGAAUCUACACGAAGUGCUUUUGUUGAGGCUAGAAAUAAUUCGAGAAGAAAUCGUGGGAGGACUAUAAUUGAUGUGGAUUUAGAUCAUGUAAGUCAGGUGACUGAAAUUUCUCCCAACGACUGCAGAGGAGAUUCUCUGUGCCAAACAGUUCCUAAUUGUGAUGUAUAUAUAAACUUGGAAGGAAGUAGCAGUUCUGAGAGGGAGGAAAAUAUAAAGUCAACUGAACCUCCAAAGGAGCCUGUCUUUCAUUGCCCAAUAUGUACAAAACCAUUUGUGGAAGAAGUGUUGACAAGGUGUGGUCAUAUAUUUUGUAAGAGAUGCAUUAAGGAUACUUUAAAAGCACAAGGCAAAUGCCCUACAUGUGAGCAGAAGGUUACUGCAAAAGGGCUCAUAAGGGUGUUUCUACCAUCAACUGGCUCUCCUUAAAAUUAAAUUGAGUUUAAAAUCACCAAAAUUCGAACUUUUGAUACUGGCAGUUGGAACCCCAGUUGUUUCUUUGGGUAACAAGCUAUAUAUUAUAUGAUACUUCUGAAUAACUUGGGCUGGAGAUGGGUUUGGACACAACUAUUUACUUCCUUCAUGUUUCUUUAGCCCCAAAUAGAAUAUGUUGGCCUAAUUUUAAAUUCGGAUUCUUAAAAGAUUAUUUUUGCUCUUGGGUUUUCAGCCCAAGGAAAAAAUCUCUCAUAAAAUGGGCCAGUUCUUAUUUUCCACAAAUUAUUUAGCUUGUAAAAUUCCGAACUUCUACACAAUUGUAUUCUUAUUUAGCAUGUCAUAUGACAAAGUUGGGGAAGAAAAAAAAAUCAACACAGAACUGUGCAGUUUGGACCAUAAAAUCUCGGAAGAGAAAUUGGCUAAUGAUUUUAAGGUAAAAUUGUAACGACUGUACUACUGGCGUGCUCUGGACUGUAGCCCUCAUUUUGCUAUUAUUCUGUUGUAUUUAUCUGUGCAUCAAAUCGCUCAAGAAAGCUCAGUUCGAACAAAUACUGCAUGAUGGUGAAAAUGUGAACAUGAGAACUAAGAAAAAUAACUUUUAAUAUAAUCAAUCAAUUGUAUAUUGGGACAAAACAUGUGCUGGUUUCGCAAAUCCUCAUAAUUACUAGACCAAAAAAAGGCUUUUCUUCUAUAGUCACUUAACAUGAGUUAUUGAUGAUAUGAUUUUCUUAUGUUUUGUCACAAAAUAAGAUUCAUUCCAAAGAAGACAUGAUAAGCUCUUGCAUAUAACUGAUUCGCAUUGGAGAGCUUUUGAUGAAUUAUUACUGAGGUAAAUAUGUGUCCUACUUCAGUUAUUUCUGACUUUCUGCCUCUUAUUACAUGGAAACAAGGAUUUUUUGCCUGAUAAAGGAAAUCCUCAGAAUAAAGCAAAGCAUAGCUGUUUGGUACAUGGGAAAUUUAAAUUUAAAUUUUGAUAUCUUGAAUGCUAUUAAUGACAUGAUUAAAUAUAAGAUAUAUAUACAAAUUUAAAACUAAUGCGCCCUAUAUGUUCUCUAAAUAAGGAUGGUAGUUUUUUUUUUUUUUUGGUGGAAGGAUGGUAGUUCUUUUAUAUCCUCUUCUGUUAACCUUUUUGAUGCUUUAGACUUAUUACACAACCAUAUGCUUUUGUGUUUCUCUGUGAUCUUUCAUAACAGGACUCUUCAACUGCAGUAUGUUUUCAGUGAAUGCUGCUCUGAUUUUUCUUAAGACUUCUAGAAGGAAGAGGAAGUAGACCAAAGCAUAGUUAAAAGAUAAGCUUUAAUUUUAGCAAGUUUGAGGGCAAAAGUAAUUGAUUUCCACUUUCCAGGCACAAAGUUAUGGCUUCUUGGAAGAACAAUAAGCUUCUUUUUCAUAGAGUCUACGUGCAUUUGAGUUCAGUAUAUUUUGUUUAAGAAUUUUCUUAGCAUUUUAUUUUGCUUUUCCCUAUGUCUAAUUUUCUUUUGCUGCCAUGUAACUCGUGUUGUGCGCAUUCAUAUUAUACUUGAACAUUUUUAUU